CCCUUCCCCAGCAUGGCGGCGUCCAGGCGCGGCGUGGCUCCGGGCAGGACGAAGCGGCCGGCGGCUGCUCGCCCUCGGCGCGGCGGGAAGCUGGACAGGUUGCGGCACGCCGUGCAGGAGUUCGUGCAGGCGGCCGGCGACCAACCACAGCUGAACCUGUUGAAAGGGUCGGAGAGGCAGAACCACAGGAACCGCCGAGAGGCGAAGAAGGAGAAGCGCAGACUCAAGCGGAGCCGCCGCCGCCGCCUCCAACGCGGGGAGCUGGUGGAGGCCCCAGCCGCUCCGACCAAGCCGUCUGCGACCAAGCUGGCCACGGCGAAGCCAGCUGCAGCCGCCCGUCCCAGAACCCCAGCCUCGCUUGCUGCCCCCGUGGGAAAGCAGCGGCCGGGGCCGCCGCGGCAGCGAGAGGCGGCGCGGCCGGCGGUGCCAGCACCGACACUCCGCACGGCCCCCGCGGCCGCGGCCGCCUCGGUACGGAAGCGGGCCCUGCUGGAGGCCAACGAGGAAGAGGAGCAGGAGAUCCGGCGCCUGGAGCGGCUGUUGGGGCUCAACAAGCGCCGCAAGAAGCAGGAAGGGGCCGCGGUGGAGAGAGUGCCUCAGAGCUUCCUGCGGGACGGGCUGGGCUACGUGCUGGGCGCUCUGGGCUCCCGGGCCGGCCUCAGCACCUUGUGCGAGAGCAGCGACGAGGAGGAGGCCGCGGAGAGCCAGCUGGGGCCGCAGAAGAGCCAGCCGGGACCGCGGGAGGAGGACGAGGACGAAGAUGAUUCGGAGGACGCCUCGAACCCUUCCGAGGGGGAUGAUGUGGAAGGGCAGUGGGAGAGCGAGAGCUCGUCCCCCGAGGACGGCGGAGUGCCUGAGGCCAGCGAGACCUCGAGUGAGCAGGAGGAGGAGGAAGAGAGUCAUAACCACAGUGCUACAAAGUAUGUUCCCCCUCAAGUAAGGAAAGCUCAGGAGACACUAGAUGACAAGAAAAGAGAAGAAUUGGGAAGGCUGAAAAAAAUGGUGAAUGGCCUCAUUAAUAGGCUGAGUGAACCGAAUUUGUCCUCUAUUAGUGGACAGAUGGAAGAGCUCUACAUGACCAACAGCAGAAAGGACAUGAAUGAGACUCUGACAGAUAUUCUGAUGAAUGCUUGUGUUGCUGCAGUUGCCAUGCCUCCAAGACUGAUGAUGGAGCAUGUUCUUCUGGUCAGCAUUCUUCAUCAUAAUGUAGGAAUUGAGGUCGGUGCUCACUUUUUGGAAGCUGUUGUGAAGAAAUUUGAUGAACUCUGUAAAAGUGAUGCUGAAGGGAAAGAAUGUGAAAAUCUGCUUGCCUUGAUUGCUCAUCUCUAUAACUUUCAUGUGGUUCAUUCCCUGCUGAUCUUUGAUAUUCUGAAAAAGCUCAUUAGCACUUUCACUGAGAAAGAGAUUGAGUUGAUUUUGUUUCUUCUGAAAAAUGUGGGCUUUUCCUUACGAAAAGAUGAUGCCUUGGCUUUGAAGGAACUGAUCACUGAAGCCCAGAGAAAAGCAAACACAGCAGAGAAGAAAUUCCAAGACCAGGCUAGGGUUCGUUUCAUGCUGGAGACUAUGUUGGCACUGAGGAACAACGACAUGCGCAAGAUUCCUGGGUAUGAUCCUGAACCAAUUGAAAAGCUUCGCAAGUUGCAACGGUCACUGGUUCACAGCAGUGGUUCUGGAAAAGACACUCAGCUUCGAGUCUCCCUGGAAUCUCUCCUCAGUGCUGAUCAGAUUGGUCGCUGGUGGAUCAUAGGGUCGUCCUGGAGUGGAGCACCAAUGAUUGAUGAUAAAACCAGCAAGAGUCAGCAAAAACUACGUGUAGGAAAGGUCAGUUCAAAGAUACUGGAGCUUGCUCGUAAGCUGAGAAUGAACACUGAUAUCAGGAGAAGUAUUUUUUGUGUCUUGAUGACAAGUGAAGACUUCUUGGAUGCCUUUGAAAAGCUUCUCAAGCUUGGACUGAAAGAUCAGCAGGAGAGAGAAAUUGUUCAUGUUGUGAUUUUCUGCUGCCUGCAGGAGAAAACAUAUAACCCCUUCUACGCAUUCCUGGCUAACAAGUUUUGUGAAUAUGAAAGACGAUUCCAGGUGACAUUUCAGUUUAGCAUCUGGGACAAAAUCAAAGACUUGGAAAACCUGUCAGCCACUGCUAGCUCCAACUUGGUUUCGCUGUUGGCUCACUUAUUAAGGACAAAAUCCUUGCCACUUUCAGUUCUCAAGGUAAUUGAGUUCAGUGAACUAGAUAAACCCAAGGUCCGCUUCUUGCGACAAGUGCUAAGCACAUUGUUAAUCAAAACAGAUGCUGAGGAACUUAAUGACAUUUUUCUGAGAGUAUCUGACAACCCCAAACUGGGAAUACUACGGGAAAGCUUGAAGCUCUUCCUUAACCACUUCCUACUGAAAAAUGUACAAACACAAGAGAGUCCUGAAGAAGCUAGCUUAUUACAAGAAAGAAUUGAGAUAGCAACCAAGGCUUUGCAAGCAAAGGAAUCCAAAUUGAAGCUAUAGCUCUGAUUUUCCAGUAAAACAUACAGAAAAAACUUGAGUCUGCAGAAGAUGCAAAGCUUUCAGAUCCAAGCCAUUGAGGAUGAGGAGAGCCUUGUUACUCUAAAGGAUUCGGUUUUGAUGUGAACGUUUUCUGUGUCCUGCAUACAAAAUCACAGAACGUUAUACGUUGGAAGGGACCUCCAGAGACCAUAGAGUCCAACCCCCCCUACCCCGCCAAAGCAAGAUCACACUGAUGACAGGCUUUAUUGUAGGUGAUAAAAGGGCCUUUCUGAAGAAAGGGAUAGAUGUCGUUUAUUGUCAGUGUCCCUUUUUAGUCUGUGUGCUUCAUGCUCAUGGUUAGUAUCCGGAGAAGAGAGUGAGUUUCUUUACUGUGAUACUGCCUGUCAGGAGCAACGUUCUGCGUUGUGUAUUCUACCCUUUCAUUUUAGGUAAUAGCAUGAUACUGACCACUGUGUGUUGAAGCAGCAGCCUUAACCAAAGGCUUUCAGUAGCUAAGCGUUGCAGUUGCCACUAGAUGGCAGAAUACUGGUGAGUCACUUCUGAAAGCGACCAACUCUUCUCUGGAAGCGUGGAGGUUAUCUGCUAAUUCUGUGAAUUGUUUACCUGACUGAGUCAGGAAAAGAUCUUCAGUUGCAUUCAGAGCUGUAGUAGAAGAACCUGAAGAUCUGACUUUGCCCACUUAUAUUGGGUUUAGAGGUGACAGCAUGUUUUUAUUGCUCUUUUUACUUGUUUAUCACAGCUGUGAAAGUAGAGUUGCCUAAUCAAUCCAAACUUAUAUAAGCAUAAAGAGUCAUAUCACUAUGAAUAUUUUAAUAAGAGAAUACCUUCCUUAAAAGUUCACCUGUAUUUUCUAUUCAGAUGUUUAAAAGUAAUCAUGUACAUUUAUUUCUGUAACACUGGGUGUUAGUGCUUUGUUACUUCUGUCACCUUGCUACUACACAUUAAACUUUAAUGUUGCUAAAGA